AUCUACAGAACCUGACCUUCUGACUAUGCUGAAAUGGGGUCUAAGUGUGUGUUCUGCCUGCCAGCUAUAUAUGCAGCUCUGACCACACAGUAACACCAGACUGAGACUGAGAUCAAGGGAUACAAUGAUGAAGUCCUGGAAAGUCUUCCUCUCUGUGCUCUAUCUCCUGCUGUACAGCAGCUUCUCAACUGCCAAACUCAACCCUGCUCUUGUACUUAAAGUGGAUAAGGGGGUAGACACCAGUGUCAAACUACUGAAGAGUCUUAAUGACCUGGCAAAGUGGAUUGCAAAACCUGGAGAAGGUGCAGAGACCAUCAAAAAAGUAUUGCAUAUCAUUGAUGGGCUCGCGGCUUUUGCAUCUGCUCUUAGUUUUGCUGGAGCACUUGUGGGUUUUAUCUUUGCUUUCAUCCCCAAACAAAAUCCAACUUUAGAGUUCAUGAAGGUCCAGUUUUCAGAGGUCAACAGAAAACUGGACUCCAUCGCACUGCAAAUAGAAUCUCUGGCAAAAGAAAUGGAAUGGGCAGCAUAUGCCAGCGUCUAUUCCCGCGACGAGAACAACAUAAAGAACGCUUGGACUAAACUGAGAGAGUUCAUAGACAGUGCUGCUGCAGCAGAAACAGAAGAGGAGAAGACAAGAUUUGCUGAAAGAUUCACCAAAUUCUAUGAGACCACUGGAACAGAGAGCAGCGUUUAUAACCUUCACGCCUACCUGACUGAGAGCAACCCAGCGAGCCUGAAUCAGAACCUUUUAGAACUUGUCACUGAAAAGUCUAAAGGGGAUUUUAAGACCCUUGUGCAAUUCACUUCAUAUUUUACGUCCCUGAUGGUCACUGGACUGCAACUGAAUCUGUAUUAUUAUGCGUUAAAAGGCUAUGAUGGUAAAAAUAAAGCAGAAGAGGCUGUCACACAUCUUACCAAUGUCCGGGCAAAGAUACAGGCCGUCAUGAUUCAGUGCACAGACAACUUUGAGGCCUGGGCUAAGGGAGAUGUGGAGAGUAUUGGGACAAAACCAUUUCAAGACAAUGUACAUCUUGCAUUCAGUAUCAAGGAGCACUUGGACAAGAAGUUCAACUGGUAUGAGUGGACAAUCAUUGUGCAUGACAGAAAAGAUGAAGAUAGGACCUUUGGAAACUCUAUUACAGUUAUUGCUCAAGACAAAGCAGUAAUACACCUCUUGCACAGGGAGAAAGGGUUCCAUGUCAAUGAAGGCAUUAAAACUGAAAUGACAAAUGAGUGGAACAACAAAGACACUCUCUGUAAAGCCAAAAAAUUAAAUUGGCCCAUUAUUUUCAAAGCCAAAACUAUGCAACAUGUAGAAUACAUCCACGAACAACCAGAUUUUUCACAAACUUUGGAUAACAACCUUGUGCAACUAAAAUGUCCAAAUAUACUGCAUAACUACCAGGGUCAUCAGUGGUACGGAGACUAUACAACCACUACAGUCUAUUUAAGAAGUCAGGAGCUGGUGGAAAAUUCCGCUUGUUUUGAUGUGAACUGUAACAAUGGUAAGUGUAGACAAAUCAAAGACACAUCAGGUGGAAUCUGUCAGUGUGAGAAAAUGUUCUAUGGUCCCACAUGUAAGGGAAGCGUUCAGGAAGACAUUGACUAUGCAGUCAUGGAGAUUAAGAUAAUUGGUAUUUCUUACCAGCCUGUCCCAGACCUGACAGCAAUUUAUUAUGAUCUUAAGGAAAUGAAAAAAUAUGCAGAGGAGGUGGUUAAAACCUUACGACAAGACAUCCAGUGGACACAAAUAUUCAUUAAAUACAUUGAUGUGAUUGAGAAAUUCAGAUAUCUGGAAAAAAGUCAUUCUUUGCUUAAGAAUGGAACAAUGUCUCAGGAUCAGUUUGUCUCUGAGGUUGAAGCCCUUUUUACUGAAGGGAACACAUUUCUUUUCAUGCUGCACAAGUUUAAUCUGAUGAUGCAGGGAACAGGCUUUGGAGAUACAGCAAAUAUCCUGGACAUUCUUCGACAAACACUGCUCACAAAAAGUCAAUCAAAUCCUUCAAUAGCAUGCUCAGAAUCCUACAGUGAGAGAGUUGAUUAUUUUGUCCGGAUGAUGUUUGCCAUGGAGACGGAAGCUGUCUUGGGCUGGCAGAAAUAUCGGUUGGAGCUACGAAACACAAAGACUCCACAUGUAUUGGGAUUAGAUUUGAGAUUAGACCCUUUCAGCUCAAGCAGUACCACAGAGGACUUUCAGAAGAAGCAGGAUUCAGACCCCAUGUCUAUAUUCAAAGAGUAUGUAUCUCAGCAGUGGAGCCUGUUCAACAAGAAUGGCUGUGGCCCACUCAAGGCAGAGCAGCUCUUCAACGCUUUCUGUGGGAAGCCCUAUCACAGCACAGACCAGCAGGAGGUCCCACUGUCAUGCCAGAAUGAUUACCAGCCUUUUCCAGAGACAAUGCAGUGCUCUAAAGGAAAAUGGAAUGCCUUGCCUGUGUGCUACAUUCACCCGUGGCGAGGAGCCACCACAUGCACAUCUCAGGAAGGAGCGACAGUUUGCAGUGCUUCUUGUUUUAAAGGUUCAACCUUUUCUGAUGGGCAGACCAGUAAGACCUACAAAUGCACCAAGCAGCCCUGUCCAUCAUUCACUCCCCUAUCCUGUAACAGAUGCACCAUGGACAGUGUGUGUGGAGGCAGUGAGGUCUGCCACAAUGGUAAAUGUGUGGAUGGAUGCAGUAUAUUUUUUUGUGGGGUGAAUGCACAAUGCUCCACCACAUACCAUGUCCAGAGCUGCAGCUGUGUGUCACCAUGGAUUGAAUGGAAAAAGGAACAACCACAGAGAGAAGGCUGCCGCUACCAGGAGCUUCAAUGGGUGGAUGGCUCUGCUAUAGGUCCCCUACCAGAAAAUGCUGUGAAGUCUGAAAAAGGAUUUCGUGUUUGCAGAGCUCAAGGCCCAGAUGGUGGAUGGCAUGGAGGCUGGACUAUAAAUCAAAUACAAUAUAACAUCUGCUAUUAUGAUUAUGACUGGAAACAGAAAGCAGCUGCCAGUUUUCAGGUGCUGGUGGAUCCCUGUCGUGGCAGUGGAGUAUACUGGUUGAGUGGUGGGAUAUAUGUUGACUCUGUUGACAUUGGACAGGCUGUUCAAUGGCCCUGGAUUACAUAUAUGGUGUGCAGUCUGAAGAGCAAUGGCAUUCCAGGGAAACUGUUUAACACUCGGAGUGGACUACUGUGUCACUAUGCCUCUGGUGGCAAGGGUGACCGUGAUGGCAAUUUUUACUCUCUUGUGAAAAAACGUUGUGUUUAGAUUCCCUGAAUCCUGAUGGAGAAAACAUAAAAACCUUUUGUCUUUCAACAAUCACUCACAUCUAACCUUAUUAUAUGGUUCAUGGUUAUGCCAUCAACAUAAAAUAGCAUAUUUGUUGUGCAGUAGACAGCAGAAUAAAUACAUAAGUUAAGAGUUAAGUCAGUUAAGAGAAACUUGGCUUUAAAGCACUGAUGGACAAUCACCUCUCUCACACAUCUAUCAGAUACGUCUAAUGUCUAUGAAGGAUCAGUAAGCUAUCAGUAAUUCACUGUUUAUGCUUUUUCAGCAUCCUCUGCAGAAACAUGAAUACUGUUUAUUGGUUUAAUUAAUUGUUUAUUUGCAGUACUAAUAAACACUUUGAGCUUCA